AGCUGCCUGAGGUGGAAAGUUUAAAAGAGAGUGUGUGGGUCUCACCGUCCCUCAGCUGAAGCAUCAAUCAACAUGAUCCCCAUUGUGCUGGCCUCAGUGCUCAUUGCUGGCGCCCUUGGGUGCGGCACCCCUCCUGUUGAGCCCCUGACUUCCCGUGUGGUCAAUGGAGUGGAUGCCAAGCCCCACAGCUGGCCCUGGCAGAUCUCUCUGCAGUACGAAAGGGACGGUGAGUGGAGGCACACAUGUGGAGGAUCUCUGAUUGCUGCCAACUGGGUCAUGACUGCUGCACAUUGCAUCAAUACCGAGUUCUCCUACAGGGUGUUUGUGGGCAAACACAACCUGGUCGAAGAAGAGGCUGGCUCCAAAGCCAUCCUGCCCGAGAAGAUCAUCGUCCACGAGAAGUGGAACCCCAUCUUCGUAGCCUUUGGUAAUGACAUUGCCCUGAUUAAGUUGUCCGAGCCAGUGACUCUGAGUGAUCAGGUGCAGCUGGGAUGCAUCCCCGCUCCUGGCACUCUGCUGACCAACCUCUACCCCUGCUACAUCACCGGCUGGGGCAGAGUGUACACCGGAGGCCCCAUUGCUGAUAAGCUGCAGCAGGCUUUGAUGCCUGUGGCUGACCACGCCACCUGCUCCCAGUCUGACUGGUGGGGCAUCGCUGUUAGGACCAGCAUGGUGUGCGCCGGUGGGGAUGGAAUUGUUGCUGGAUGCAACGGUGACUCUGGUGGCCCUCUGAAUUGUAAGAACGCCGAAGGUGUUUGGGAGAUCCAUGGCAUUGCCAGCUUUGUGUCUGGCCUCGGCUGCAACUACGUGAAGAAACCCACCGUCUUCACCAGAGUCUCUGCUUUCAACAGCUGGAUCGACCAGGUGAUGCUGAAUAAUUAAAAACGAUAUGUCAAUAAAAGUCCCCCAAAAUAUG